ACAGUUCCCCUGACCCCACUCCCUUUCCCAGAACUCAGUCGUCUGAGCCCCCAGCCUGCGGUUCUCUCCUAGGCCUCAGCCUUUCCUGCCUUCGACUGAAACAGCAGCAUCUUCUAAGCCCUGGGGGCUUCCCCGGGCCCCAGCCCCGGCCUAGAACCCGCCCGCCGCCUGCCACGCUGCCACUGCCGCUUCCUCUAUAAAGGGACCCAGGCGUCCCGGCCAAGGGGCCCCGCACAGCAGGUUCUCCCCAUGACACCACCUGGACGUCUCUACCUCCUGAGGGUGUGCAGCACCCCCCUACUCCUCCUCCUUCUGGGACUGCUGCUGGCCCUGCCGCACAAGGCCCAGGGGCUCUCUGGUGUUGGCCUCCCACCCUCAACUGCACAGCCUGCCCAUCAGCACCCCCCGAAUCACUUCACCCGAGGCACCUUCAAACCUGCCGCUCACCUUGUUGGAGACCCCAGCACCCAGGACUCACUGCGCUGGAGAGCAAACACGGAUCGUGCCUUCCUCCGCCACGGCUUCUCUCUGAGCAACAAUUCCCUCCUGGUCCCCACCAGUGGCCUCUACUUUGUCUACUCCCAGGUGGUCUUCUCCGGGGAAGGCUGCUUCCCCAAGGCCACCCCCACCCCUCUCUACCUGGCCCACGAGGUCCAGCUCUUCUCCUCCCAGUACCCAUUCCACGUGCCUCUCCUCAGCGCUCAGAAGUCCGUGUGCCCAGGGCCACAGGGACCUUGGGUGCUCUCAGUGUACCAGGGGGCUGUGUUCCUGCUCACUCGGGGAGACCAGCUAUCCACUCACACAGAUGGCAUCUCCCACCUGCUCCUCAGCCCCAGUAGUGUCUUCUUCGGAGCCUUUGCUCUAUAGAAAAAUCCAGAAAGAAAAAAUUUGGUUUCAAGGCCUUCUCCCCAUUUUGCCUCCAUUCUGACCACUUCAGGGGUCACCACACCUCUCCUUUGACCGUUCCAUCAGUCUCAAGUCUUCCCCCGUUCUCGGCACCUGGAGCUUCCAAAGAAGGAAUUCUAGGCACCCCAGGGGGCCACACCUUCCUGAACCACCCCGGAUGCUCGGCUGAGGACUUCAAGCCUGCCUGGAAAUGCCCGCCCAGAGCCCUUCCUCUGCCCUGCCCGUCUAGGGGGCCUUGCCCUGGACAUGGAAGGGGAGCUGACACAUGAGGGAGCUUGGGUGGAUGACUGGGGGCAGGGAGGGGGGUUAUUUAUGAAGGGAAAAAAAUUUAAAUUAUUUAUUUAUGGAGGAUGGAGAGAAGGGGGACGGCAGAAGAAAGAGAUA